AUGGAUUUCUGUUUUCCAUAUUGGCCAUUCAGAAACGAGUUGAGUAAUACCAACCGAUUGUUUAUUUUUAAUCUUUUGUACGAGAUACAAAAAACCAUGGCUAGUAACCGUUUCUUUUUCAAAGACGAUUCCUCUUCAAGCGAAGAAUCGAGUGAUGAUCAACAGCAAGUUCAAGUUACAACAGCGAAAAAGGGUGCUAGUAAAACCGCAGCAAAAGGCGCAUCCAAAGCAUACAUCGCCGUGAGUGAUGAUGAAGAAGAUGUUAAGCGUGUUGUACGUAGUGAAAAAGUGAAACGAUACGAAGAAAUCGAAGAGAUUAUCAAGAAAAUAAAACAUGCAAUGCGCAUUCGCGAUAUUGGUUUGGUCUAUGAAUGUUAUGAGAACUUAGUCAAAGCAUAUGAAAAAGCUAAACGUGUUUUGGAAAAAGAUCAAAAUUUACCACGAUCAUUGAUCAAAAUGUUGGCCCAACUCGAUGACUUCGUUAAUCAAUGUUGGGGCGAUCGAGAUUGGCGUGAAACAUUGAAUAAAAACAAUUCGAAUAAUUUAAGUGCUUUACGUCAAAAAAUCCGUCGAUUUCUCAAACAGGAACCAUUGGAGAAAGAAAUCAACGCUUAUCGUGAAAAACCUGAUGUUGGCGAUGAAGAAGUACCUAUUGAUGAAGUUCCAUCGGCAGAACAAAGUGCUGAUAGUGAAGAAGAUCAAGAAGAAGUCGCUCCAACAAAAAGCAAACCGCAAGACGAUGACGAUAGCGAGUCCAGCGAUGUCUCCUGGGAUGAAAGUGAAGACGAAUCGAGUGACAGUUCAAUCGAUGUCGAUGCACCCAAAGAAGAACUUUACAAGAAAUUCUUGAAAUCUGAUAAACCAGAAAAGGAAAAAUCGAACAAAAACAAAGAUGCUUCUGGUACUAAACGUACGCCUAAAGUACGUCGCCCCGAUCGACCAAUUCAACAAUCCGACGAUGAAGAUGAAGAUGGACAAAAAGACUCUCAACCUCGACAAGAUGUCCUAAAACUUGUUUCGUUCGCCAAAGACGAAGAAAUCACACAUGAUGCGAUUCUAAAAAAACUCAACGAAAUCAUUGCCAUGCGUGGUAAACGUGGUACUAAUCGUCGAGAUCAAUUAGAAUGCUUGAAGGUCCUUCGCUUAUACGUCGAAAAACUAGCUUUGGGUGUUGCACUCGACAUCAGGAUUUUAUUAAUACAAAUUGCUGUCAGCUUCGAUUAUCAUCACAAGAGUAAUGAAUGUUUGAAACCUGAAGCAUGGGCACGUGCGCUUGAUUACAUCGAUGAAUUGUUAACAUUAUUAAGCAAACAUGAAGAAGUUCAAAUUAGUGAAAAUAUCAGUGAAGAAGCUGAAAAUCUCAAAAAAGAACCAGACUAUCGUAUUCAUGGUGAUAUUAUAACCAUAAUAAUCAAAAUGGAUGAAGAAUUUACGAAAAUUUUACAAAAUACUGACGCUCAUAGUCAAGAUUAUGUUGAACGCUUAAAAGAUGAACUACGCGUUUGUUCAAUAAUCGAUCGCAUGAAGACGUAUCUCGAAUCAAAAGCUGAGAAAAAUGUUAUGAUCACUGGUGAUUCUCACACGAGUGCAGUACAACUUGUUCAACCACAACAUUUAUGUACAGCAUACAUGUGUGUUAUUGAACAUCUCUAUUACAAACAUGAUAAAACAUCCGGUCAGCCAUCUGUAGCUUUAAUGGAUCGUCUUUGCAAAUAUAUCUAUGCAAAAGAUUCAUUGAAUCGUUUACGAGCUCGUGCAAGUCUUUGCCAUGUGUAUCAUUUAGCAUUGCACGACCAUUACUACGAAGCACGUGACUUAAUGUUGAUGUGUCAUAUGCAAGACACAAUUAAUUCAUCGGAUGUUUCAACACAAAUCUUAUACAAUCGAACGAUUGUUCAAUUAGGUCUAUGCGCAUUCCGUUUCGGUUCGAUUCGUGAAGCCCAUCAAGCACUAGUCGAUAUGCAAUCGAGCAAUCGUGCCAAAGAAUCGUUAGCACAAGGUGUUCAAAUGCUUCGUAAUCAAGAACGAACACGUGAUCAAGAAAUGAAAGAACGACAACGUUUACUACCAUUUCAUAUGCACAUCAACUUAGAAUUAAUUGAAUGUGUUUAUCUAGUUUCAGCCAUGUUAAUCGAAAUUCCAUUUAUGGCUUCUCAUGAAUGUUAUGCACGAAAGCGACCAAUUAGUAAACAUUUUCAUACACAAAUGCGACAAGCUGAAAAACAACCUGUUUUCGGACCACCGGAAUCCAUGCGUGAACAUGUGGUUGCUGCAAGUCGAGCAAUGAAAACCGGUGAUUGGAGUGCGUGUGUUAACUUCUUGAUCAAUGAAAAAAUGAAUGGAAAGGUCUGGAAUUUAAUGCCACAAGCAGCAGAAGUACGCAAAAUGCUUAUUGAUAAAAUCAAAGAAGAAUCUUUACGUACCUAUUUGUUUACUUAUGCGACGGUUUACGAUGCUAUUUCCAUGCCGACAUUAGCUGAUAUGUUUGAAUUACCGGUUAAACAAGUCUAUGGUAUUGUUAGUAAAAUGAUUAUCAACGAAGAACUCAUGGCUUCACUUGAAGAACCAAAUCAAACUGUUAUAAUGCAUCAUACAGAUCCUUCGAGAACACAAGCACUUUCGCUUCAACUCGUUGAGAAGAUCUUCCAAUUGUAUGAGCAAAACGAAAAAAUCGUUAAUCUACGUGGUGGUGAACCAAACUUUUAUUCAAGACCAAAUCAACAAGCACAACAAGGACAACAACGCAAUCAAGGAACUAGUGGAGGCGGCAACAGCGGUGGCGGUGGACAAAACUGGAAUCGAUCUCAACGAUCAGGAACAAAUCGCGCCUAUUAA